ACAAAAGUUGCACAGCGAUUUAAGUUGCUCUCAAAGCUACGGGCAAGAAACAUUUGCUCUGCACUGAAAUAUUCCACAUUUCCGUGGGAUUAAAUUAGGCGAAAUCUUGUAGUCUAGGCUGUUUAUCCGGCUUGUCUCGACAGAAAGUUAAAGGUGAAGUGGUGACAAUAACAUUUCAAGGAAGGAGACAAGCGAGCCUCACUUCCCCGCUGAGAAACAAAAUGAACAGCCUUGGGCCCGAAUCGCUGAAGAGAUACGAUCCACGAGAUAAAACCCUCACGCUUGUCACCAGAGAGGAGGAGUUGGAUCCAUUUUCCUCAGAUGACGGCGACGGCUCUCUCAGAGCAGAGAUGUCCUGCGGCCACGCCGUCACCCCGCAGUCCCUCACGAGAUGGUGUCGCACCUUGCUGGAUGAGGGUAAAUACAAAUUUAGAUGUCCGGCCUUGAAAGAGGGAACCAAACAGUGCAACGCGCUGUGGUCGUACCAGGAGGUGCGCAGACUGGCUGAUCUGUCUGUGGAGGAAAUGCAGCACUUUGAGGAGACCAUGGCCCGCCUGGCUGCUGCAGACUAUUGCGAAGUUCAACCAUGCCCACAGUGCAAAACGCCUCUUGAAAGGAAGAACCUCUCCAACCUGUGUGUCCGUUGCACUGUAUGUAAAGCUGACAAACAGAAGAGCUGCCAGUUCUGCUGGCAGUGUCUGAGGCCGUGGAAGGGUAAAGCCCCGCGCUCAGACCGCUGUGACAACAAAGGCUGCGUCAACAAGGACCUGGAGCUUCUGCAGAAUUGCCCGACCAUCGAUCUGCCCGAGGUGGAGGGGGUCACCGCGUGCCCCGCAGUCCGAUGCUGUCCUACGUGUGGUAUCAGGGUGGAGCACAACAGAAAAUACUGCAAAAACAUCCACUGCACUCGCUGCCAGGUCGAGUUUUGUUUCGUCUGCCUGAAACUCAAGCGGGAAUGUUCCAGCUCGCCUUACAAACUCUGUCCCAGCGGUGUGGCUCCUAGACAGACCUCCAUACCCGUAUGGAAUAAAAAAUAAGUUCAAACGUUAAAAAUGUUGCUAAAUACUACCAGUUUUGGGAGAUGGGGAGCUCUUUUAAAAAGGAGAGGAAAAUAUAUGGGUCAUCAGAUUAGGAAUAACCCUGAGCAGGGCAGGACACACACGGAGCGGUGAGCCCACUGAAGAGGGAUUAAAACUGUGACUGUAUUGAUUAUGGUUUUGGUGAUUAUGACUUUAGAUACAAAAUCUGUGUACCAAAUGAGCAUGAGUGCGGUCGAACAUGUAAUAACCAGAGGUGUUGACUAAGCUCGAAACGUCCCCAGCCACUUCAGCCAAAAAGGGGAAGAGAUUCUGGUGUUGCCGGUACUUUCUUGAAACACCCGUUGUUGAAUGAACCUGCUGGGAACGAUCCUAAAAUACAUUUUUGCUGUGUUAUUGUUGCCUGUUCAGCCGUUUUCUUUGUGACUGAUUAUAAUCAAACGUAUGUAAAACACAAGGAGAGAGAUGAAGUAUGAAAAGGAAGAGAUAUUCUCCAUGAAAGUGAAUUUGCAGACCUUCAGCCAAAGACCUUCGCUC